CUCACGAUACUUUCAGUCAGUGGCGGCUGUCUGGCCCCCUCACUCAACUCCGGACUUGUAUCUGACAUUUGAAUGAAAGCAGUCUGAAAAACUACGAACUCACACAACAUAAGAAAGGAUGGCGUCGGCUUUGGAGCAGUUCGUGAACAAUGUACGGCAACUCUCCGCCCAAGGUCAAAUGACUCAGCUCUGUGAGCUCAUAAACAAGAGCGGAGAGCUGCUGGCCAAGAACCUGUCUCACCUGGACACCGUGCUGGGGGCCUUGGAUGUGCAGGAGCACUCCCUGGGGGUUCUGGCUGUGCUGUUUGUGAAGUUUUCCAUGCCAAACAUCCCAGACUUUGAAACCCUGUUUUCCCAAGUCCAGCUGUUCAUCAGCACCUGCAACGGAGAGCACAUCCGAUAUGCAACAGACACCUUCGCUGGCCUUUGCCAUCAGCUGACGAACGCCCUGGUAGAACGAAAACAGCCGUUAAGAGGGGUUGGUAUCCUAAAACAGGCAAUGGACAAAAUGCAGAUGAAUUCAAACCAGCUUACCUCAAUUCAUGCAGACCUGUGUCAGCUGUGCUUGUUAGCCAAGUGCUUCAAGCCCGCCCUUCCGUACCUGGAGCUGGACAUGACGGACAUCUGCAAGGAGAACGGGGCCUACGACGCCAAGCACUUUCUGUGUUACUACUAUUACGGAGGCAUGAUCUACUCAGGACUGAAGAACUUUGAGAGAGCACUGUAUUUUUACGAACAGGCCAUCACCACUCCCGCCAUGGUCGUCAGCCACAUCAUGCUGGAGGCCUACAAGAAGUACAUCCUGGUCUCCCUGAUCCUGCACGGCAAAGUGCAGCCGCUCCCCAAGUACACCUCCCAGAUAGUGGGGCGCUUCAUAAAGCCGCUGAGCAACGCCUACCACGAGCUGGCGCAGGUGUACGCCAGCAACAACCCGGGGGAGCUGCGCAGCGUGGUGAGCAAGCACGGCGACGCCUUCUCCCGCGACAGCAACACGGGCCUGGUCAAGCAGUGCGUCUCCUCCCUCUACAAGAAGAACAUCCAGCGGCUAACCAAGACGUUUCUCACGCUCUCCUUACAAGACAUGGCGAACAGGGUGCAGCUCUCCAGUGCGCAAGAGGCAGAGAAAUACGUUCUGCACAUGAUAGAGAAUGGUGAGAUCUACGCCAGUAUCAACCAGAAAGACGGCAUGGUCAGUUUCCACGACAACCCAGAGAAAUACAACAACCCUGCGAUGCUCCACAAAAUUGACCAAGAGAUGCUGAAAUGUAUAGAACUAGACGAAAAGCUAAAGUCCAUGGAUCAGGAGAUCACAGUAAAUCCACAGUUUGUACAGAAGAGCAUGGGAUCGCAGGACGAUGACGUAGGAAGCAAGACGUCGAGUUACUCCUGAAGCCCCUGGGAAAUAUCGAGCCUCAAGUCAGGCUCUCUUUGGAAGAUGUUUUUUUUAAAGGAGGAAAAAAAAAAAAAAAAGCCUGGACAUUGUUCAAGAAAAUCUGAGUGUGUGAACUAAUUUAUUGCUUUCACACAAUGCCUGGAGGAAACUAAACAAAAAAGGAAAAAAAAAAACUUGUUUUAUUUAUCAAUGUUCAGAUGGAAGAGCCGUUUGCUGCAUUAACAGAAAUAAAAGGAAAAACUGGA